CCGCAAACCAUCACACUGUAACAGUGCCCCUCACUUUCUUUUUCAACGCCCCUCUUUUCCAAAUUCCAGGAUAUAAAAUCCCUCAGCUUUUACUUGCAAAAAGCCUAAAAGCAAAAUGUUCACCCUCUCCACACUUACGUUCUUGCUCGCCCUUGCCUUGCCUCUUCUCGUCCGUGCAGAUGUUACUCCAGCUGAGCCAGCCCCAGGGGCAUCGUUCAAUGCUGGCUCCUCAUGUACUAUUACGUGGAUUGGUGACAAAGCUUCCACGACGAUUUGGAAGAACAUGGCCAUUGAGCUCAUGACGGGGGAUAACUAUGACAUGGUCCAUCUCACCACCGUUGCUACUAACCAAGACGGAACUGUCGAUGGAAGUUUCUCAUACACCUGCCCAGAAGUUACGCCAAACUCUGCCAUUUACUUCUACCAGUUCACGUCGCCCCUGACCAACAAUGCGACAUGGACUGGCCGCUUCACCAUUGCUUCGUCCACGGGCAAUUCGACUCCACCUCCUAACGCUACUCAACCUGGCACAGGUGAGGCCAUUCCAUGGGGUACCGGCGCCCUGAACGACCCCUCGAAAGCCGUUGCUGCUCCCAUCUUAAGUGGAUCUGGAGCAACCUCCAGCACCGCGUCUGGGGUCUCUCUCUCCAGUACCGCCAUGUCUAUGGUGCGCUCCUCCUCGAGCGUUAUGUCGUCGUCAGCAUCAUCUUCCGUUUCCUUGUCGUCGUCGGCCGCAUCGCCUUCUACUUCAGCCAGCAAUGGAGUAGCCGCAGCAGCGAUUAUUGAUGGUCGCGUGUGGGCAACCAUGAUGUCGUUGGGCGCGUCAGCGAUGGCUUUUAUGCUGUUGUUAUGAUCCCGAUGUGACUAAGAGCACACUGUGCUCCCCUGUUAUCCUCUGCAUCAUUAUUGGUUACGGACUUGGCUUUUCGUUAUAUUUAUCAACGAUUUACGAUCUUGGGCAUUCUAUUUUCCCCUGGGUUUAGGUACUACACUAGCAUAAUCAUCGUCACACCAUGGAGUUGCUUGC